AUGGCAGAAGCUCCUAAGUACCUUACGGGUGAUAAGCCCGCUAUCCAAGAAUUUCUUGACAGGUUUGAUGUUUUUUUGUUUGACUGCGAUGGUGUCUUAUGGUCAGGAAAUGUUAUAUAUGAGGGGGCGGUUGAGACGUUGGAGAUGCUAAGGAGCAAAGGGAAACAAAUCAUCUUCGUUACCAACAAUAGCACAAAAUCCCGUGCAGACUACAAAAAGAAACUGGACAGUCUAGGAAUUCCUGCGCACAUCGAAGAAAUAUUUUGCUCCUCCUACAGCGCCUCAAUCUACAUCUCCCGCGUCCUCUCCCUCCCGCCCGAAAAGCAAAAAGUCUUCGUCCUAGGAGAAACAGGUAUUGAGCAAGAACUCAAGGUCGAAAACGUCCCUUUCAUCUGCGGCACGGACCCUUCCUAUAGACGCGACAUCACAUUGCAAGAUUUUAACAAAAUCGCAUCUGGUGACCCCUCAAUAUUCGAUCCAGAAGUUGGAGUAGUUCUUGUGGGCCUCGAUUUCCAUAUCAACUAUCUGAAACUGGCGCUUGCGUACCACUAUAUAAAGCGCGGGGCUGUAUUUCUUGCUACGAAUAUUGAUAGUACGCUUCCUAACGCCGGCGCGCAGUUUCCCGGUGCGGGCACUAUAAGCGCACCGUUGAUAAAGAUGUUGGGUGGUAAGGCGCCGGUUUCAUUGGGGAAGCCUAGUCAGGCUAUGAUGGAUGCGAUCGAGGGGAAGUUUAAGCUUAAAAGACAGAAGGCGUGUAUGGUGGGGGAUCGAUUGGAUACGGAUAUUAGGUUUGGUAUUGAAGGGGGCCUGGGGGGGACGUUGGCAGUUUUGACUGGGGUGAAUAAUAAGGAGGAUUUUACGACGGGGUCGUUGAGGCCGGCGGCCUACGUUGAUGGGUUGAAGGAUUUGCUUGAGGCGGCGUAG